AAAUAAGCUCCGUAGAUGGAUCACAAUUACCUUAUCAGGUUAAUGUUAGCAGGUGUUUUUAUUACAAAUUCCAGCCAGUCGUCACGUGGUCCCGGAUCUCCAAGGACACACAUUUCCACCGUUAGAAGGUUUAUCGGUGUGAAGCAGCAGCUGCUCCAUCAUUUAUUAAUCUGUAGGUUAGAAAAGCAGCCGAGAAGGCUCAGAUUCAUCAGACCACUCAGAGGAAAUCUGAGAUAUAAAGACUUUGGGUUUCAGAUCAGCAGAUCUCUAAUGAUGAGGCUGCUGCCAGUCCUUCUCCUCCUCCUGGUCCCUCUGCUGACCAGCUGUUUACCUCUGGACUGCGACUACCUCUAUAGUGAGGACCGUACCAGACCCAGUGGAGUCUACACCAUCUAUCCUAUGGGAGGUGUGUCUGGUGUACAGGUGUUUUGUGACAUGGACUCACAUGGGGGACGAUGGACGGUGUUCCAGAGGAGAAUGGAUGGUUCUGUCAACUUCCACAGGAACUGGGAGCGUUACAAGGUUGGCUUUGGGAAUGCUGCCGGAGAGUAUUGGCUUGGCCUGGAGAGUCUGUUUCACCUCACCCAGCUGAAAAAGAACGAGCUGCUGGUCGACAUGGAGGACUUUGAAGGGAGGAAGGUGUAUGCUCGUUACUCCUCCUUCUCCAUCACCCCUGAAUCAGACGGGUAUGGAGUGAAUGUGUCUGGAUUUGUUGACGGAGGAGCAGGAGACACACUGAGUCGUCACGAUGGACAAAAGUUUGCCACUUUUGAUAAAUACCAACAUGCCGGACCAGACAACUGUGCCAGACAAUUUUUGGGUGCGUUCUGGUACUGGAGAUGCUACUAUCCAAACCCUAAUGGAGUUUAUUUGUGGGGGGCUGAUGGAUCCAAAUAUGAGGUCGGUGUGGUCUGGUACAGCUGGAAGGGCACUACCUACUCUCUGAAGAGUAUCAGCAUGAAGAUCCGACCCAUCAGGUGAAGCUGCAGAACAAACAUCCAACAUUUGUAACAGUUGAAAUUGUCUUUGCUGCAUUCUGACAAUAAACUACUGAUGCGAUCUGA